AUGGCAGCCAUGAUUAACUCUAGUGUGUUGGCAUGCAACUAUGCCAUCUCUGGCACUGCAAUGUCUGAGCUCAAUGCAAAGAUGCCUUCUUCUUUUGUGGCAGCAGCUGGUCAGAAAGCGGUGCCUGCAAUCAGAGCUCAACAGGCUAGAGUUUCUGCUGAUUCUCAAAAGAGUGAAGGAAGAAGGGCUGCUCUGCUAUUCCUAGCAGCCACUGCUUUCACAUCAGCUUCUGCUGCUGCAUCCAAUUCCUUUGCCAAUGCUGGGGUCAUUGAUGAUUACCUAGAAAAGAGCAAAGCCAACAAGGAACUGAAUGACAAGAAGAGGCUGGCAACAAGUGGUGCAAACUUCGCAAGAGCAUUCACAGUUCAAUUUGGGACAUGCAAGUUCCCUGAGAACUUUACAGGCUGCCAAGAUCUUGCCAAGCAAAAGAAAGUACCAUUUAUCUCUGAUGAUCUGAAAUUGGAAUGCGAAGGUAAGGACAAGUAUAAGUGUGGUUCCAAUGUAUUCUGGAAAUGGUAA